UAAAAGUCAGAGCAGGAGCUCAGUGGCUCAGCAAAAGUUGUUUUUGAACAAACACUUGUUGAGCUUAGUUUUCCUGGAGGCAUGUGGAAACACAGUUUUAGGCAGAAAUCAGCCCAGAGAUGAAACUUAAAUGGGAAGUUAAGGUGGGAAAAUGAAUUUAAGCCUGUUAUUUGCUGCCAUAAGCUAAAUCAGGGAGACAGUUUCAUGUCAUAGGCAUAAAAAUGGACCUGGCCUGAAAUGAGCUUAUACAUAUUAAAUGCGUAUCAUUUUGGGUGCUUCAGUCUACUUGGGUUGAUGGCAAAUGUUUAUAAGUGAAGUUCAUGGAUUUAGGGAUGUGCAGCAGAAUUCCCAAGGAUGUGGGGGUUUCGGCUGAAGUUCUCCAGAUGCUGACAACUCAUGGACUGAUGACAGAGAAAUGUUCUCAUUGGGCUGUGACUUGCGCAAUGGCUUUGUGGAUAUUCUGAUCGUGUGAGACUUGUUUAUUUCUCCGCAGAGGAACCCCAAGCAAAAGCAUCGUGCCCUUCUGCAAGAGAGCCGCUGCCUGACUGCGCUUUGCCAAAACCUUGAAACAAAACAAAAAUGAUGAUCAGCAGCCCUUAUUUCUUGUGCAGCUCCAGGAUGAUGUUUUUGCGUGUAUUUCUUUACCUAUUUCAAAAUGCUGACUCCACAAAAGGAGCAGGAAAUCCUUGUAGACUCGAGAGGGUGACCUUUACCUUUUGAGCAUAUCAAAGGCAUGGUACGUCCUGUUUAAAAUCUAGCAAGUUUAGUAAUGAGGUAGAUCUUAAUUGGGUUAGAAACAGUCAAGGAGUCAACACUAGCUCUGUAGGAAGGUGCUUACCUCUGCGGCUUGUUUUCCGCAAGUCAGAUCUGAAAGACUCUUCUUAGAGCAGAUCAGCAAAAGGACGAGAGCAACAGUCACAGGUUGCAGCAAGGCAGGUUCCAGUUGGAUAUAAAGAAAAGCUCACGAUGGGAGUGAGCAAGUGCUGGAACAGGGGCCUGGAGAGCCUGGGUAAUCUCUUUUGCUGGAGACAUGGAGACCUCCGCCGGGCAAGGGCCUGAGCAACCUGAUCCGACUUUGCAGUUAGCUCCCCAUGGACCAGGUGGCCAGACUAGAUGAAAUCCCUCCAGAAGUCCCUUCUGACCUAAAUUAGUGAUGAUGAGCAUCUGUUUCUAAAACAAUGUAAGCAGAGUGAUGUAAAACACAUCUGGCGUUAGCGAACGGAUGGGCGCUGGACCGCACAAGCAGCCUGCCACAAGAGGGAGCGGAUGCCGGAUGCUGAGCACCGCACGCCCCAGGCGUGUGAGCUCCCGGGUGGGCAGCCGUGGAGGGAAAGCUCUCGCAGACCUUAUCCCCACGCAAGGGGCAACCACGGCGUUGCUGCCAAGCGCGCAGACCGUGACAUGUGAGCCGAGGAAACACAGGCCGUUUCUUUGGUGCUGAUCCAGGCGGAGCUGGUGCCAAGCUCGAGCUGUUGCAUCCAGUACAGUGGAACGUGGAUUUCGUCUCCGCUGCGUUUUCCUAACAAGAGUUUCACCCCAGGCUUACCAGAAAGAGAGGCAUUUUGGCUCUGCGUAAACUACAAACGUGCAUACAGAAAUGAAGAGAAAUCCGACACAGCUGUUCCUGUGGCUGCUGGUGUUCCUCUCCGAUGCCGUGCCAUUCAGCGACGAGAAAUCUCUGAGAGAGCGAGCUACGGAGCUGAUGCAAAAUACACGUUUAAUUGACGGCCACAAUGACUUUGUGCUGCGGCUGAGAAUGUUUUACCAAAACAGACUCAGUAAAGUCAACUUAAGGGAACUCAACAAGACCCACACAAACCUUAAGAAGCUUCAGGCAGGCUAUGUGGGAGCUCAGUUUUGGUCAGUGUAUGUUCUUUGCAGCGCUCAGAACAAGGAUGCUGUACGCCUGACCUUAGAGCAAAUUGAUGUUGUCAAGAGGAUGUGUAACAGCUACGAAGAACUUGAACUUGUGACGACUUCCCAAGGCAUCUCGGACAGUAGGAAGAUCGCAUGCUUGAUAGGAGUGGAAGGUGGCCACUCCAUUGACAGCAGUCUGGCAACGCUGCGGAUGUAUUAUGACCUGGGCGUUCGCUACUUGACUUUAACACAUUCCUGCAAUACGCCGUGGUCUGAAUCAUCAUCUAAAGGAAUACAUAGCUUUUAUCCUAAUGUUGCUGGUCUGACUGCAUUUGGCCAAGAAGUGGUAGAGGAGAUGAAUCGCCUGGGUAUGCUGAUAGAUUUAUCUCAUACUUCAUAUUCCACAGCAAAAGCUGCACUACGUAUCUCAAAAGCACCAUUAAUUUUCAGCCAUUCUUCGGCUUUUGCUGUUUGUAACCACUCAAGAAAUGUUCCUGAUGAUAUCCUCCGGCAACUGAAAAGGAAUAAGGGAAUUAUCAUGGUGACUUUCAACGCAGAUGUACUGGCCUGUGGCAGAAAAGUUGUUAAUGUUUCUACCCUGGCAGAUCAUUUUGACCACAUAAAGAAAAUCGCAGGUUCUGAAUCAAUAGGAAUUGGUGGUGACUAUGAUGGAGUGGAACACUUCCCCGAGGGACUGGAAGAUGUUUCUAAAUACCCCUCUUUGAUUGGGGAACUUCUAAGACGAGGGUGGAACGAAACCGAACUGAAAGGGGUCUUAAGAGAAAACUUCCUCCGUGUCUUCAGGGAAGUGGAAAAGGUGCGGGACAGUGGACUAAUGGAUGUAGGUGAGAGAGAAAUCCCUCAAGAAGAAGUGCAAAAUUCCUGUCGCCUAGACCUAAAUAAUUAUCGACUUCAGACAGCCACGUCCUUUGGAUUUCCUUCUGUGGCACAAUCUUUCAGUCUAACACUUGUAAUUGUGGUAUAUGUAAUACUGUAUUAUGAAUCAUAAGAUCUAUGGAGUCAAGAGAGAGAUAAAUGGAGUAACCUGCAAUGCAACUAGCUAUCUUUUUUUGGGUGUUGUUAAAAUAAGGCUAUGCUAAAAUUUUGAUAUAACUUCUAUAAAUUCACCUGCAUACCUGAAAGUUAAUGUAGAUUUUAAAUGUUAGGGCAAAAGCAUUUGGAAUUUGGAGUGAUAAAUUCUAUGUCAUCUUAGCAAAACUAGGACCAACAGAUGAAAAUUAUUCACAUCUAAUGAAUAAAUCCUCUGAUAUGUGACACAUGUUUUUGGUACCCAUCCUGUGGUACUUGAUAUAAACAUUGGGGUUCAGAAAUACCUAUCAGCAUUUCCAUAUGGGAACUAGAGGAUGGGAUUCAGACAGCUAUGCUAGGAUGCUUUCAGUAAUAGUUCUGGUUAAAUGCAUACAACCUUCAUCAUCAGUUAGUGGCUUGGUGAAGACCACCUCUGGAAAUGUAGAAGAGCUGCUUUUUUAAAAAAUUUUUUAAUUUUUUUUUUUUUUUUUUAAUAUAUGAGAAACUGGGUGAUAUGAAUGGGUGAAUUCAGAUGUCAUGCCUACCACUAGCAUUAGGGAUCCAUUCUGCAGCACUAAACUCCUACUUUUGAACCCUGACAAGGACAUAAGGGUAACUGGAGAGUAACUGAAGGGAGGAGGUUGGUGUCAUGUAUUCAGGUAGGGGUGACCAGGCAGAGCUGUAGAUGCUCUUCUGUAAUUUGGGGGAUGCUGUUCACUGCAUGUCCAUAGAGUUGGGAACAGGAGUAAGCCAGGCCAAAACAGGAAUUAUAGGUAUUCAGAGGGUGAGAUCUUGCUCUGAUAUUUUUACUGCAAUCAGAACAGCAAAAGAGUGCUUAAAUUAAAUUUUAUUAAAAUGUUCUUCAGCUUUUUGGAAAUCUUCACAUUUUGAGCAAUGUUCCUGAAAUGGACUUAUCAGUAGCAGUUUUUAUUAAUAUUACAGACAGCUAAGAUCAGAGCAUUGCCAAAGUAUUAAAAAACCUGAUAUUAACUUUUUUUAAAAAAAUUUAUCUUCUGCUGCUUCAGCUUUUGGAAUGUGCUUCUUUCAGAUUCACAAUGUAUGUGAGGCAAAAAGCUGCUACUUAAUAGAAAGGCAUAUAUUGUGACAGGCCUAUUCUUGGUAGGCUCAUGUGACUUAGAGCUGGAAUUUUAAUUAAAAUAACAUGAGAUUCACGCUGAAAUUGCAAGAUAGCAUCACUGAAUCUUUGUGGUUGCUGAUAAACACCUUUUUUGUUAUGUAAUAAUAUUUGCUUUUGUUGUGAUUUACUGAUAUAAUAUCUGCACAAUUUAGCUUUAGUAUAGUAUCAAGCAAAGUCUUGUAAUUGGGCUAUGGACAGUAUUUGUAAACACACCAAGCAUUUACCAACUGAAAGACAAUGCUAAGCAUGAAUAGUUUGGAAGCAGCAAGUCAGCCGUUCUCCAGAGUCACCUAAGACUGUUCCUGCCAUCUGUUGUUGCCCGUGUACAAUUAGGCUUGCUGGAUGAAGACCGUGCUCCUUUUAUUGCUUCAAAAUGAAGCUUCAUUAACUCCCCUGAUAAGGUGGCCUCUUGUUGAAUAAUCUAGUGCAUACAAGCCAUAUUUUUAAGCACAGUUCCUCAAAAAAUAUUGAGCUUGGUUAUGUAUAUACAAGCUGGAAUUACUGCACUGACUCAGGUGUCUUGCCUUCCUUGAUACUGCUUAACUAGCAUCAGAACUUGUUUUUAAGGCACAUAAUACUGGAAUGAGGAUGAAUUCAACAGGACAAAUAUAUACUUCUCAUCAAUACUUUUGCUAAUAACUUUGUAAGCUGUUGGGAAACUGCCUUCCAUCAUCUCUUUGCACAGAACUAAUACUGCAAUAGUAAGUGCAUUGCACAUUUGAAAUAUAAGAUGCUUGUUUAGCCCGUCCAGCUUUUUUCCUUCUACCAUGUCACUUCCCUGCCCGCUAAUUUCUACCUUUUGUCCACGCAGCAGCAAGGAUUCAAAAUAUAUUCCUCUUCUUGAAGAUACGGGUAAUAAUUUCAUAUGACUUUGAUUCCAUCAUCCUAUAGAUCCUUGUAGCUUACUUCCUUGUUUUAGCUAUAGUAUAUUGCACUUAUUUGUUUGACUGCUUUCUGUAAAGAGUAACUUGUAUCCUUGUGGCAAAACAUACACACAAAAUUUAAAUAAAAAUUUCUUUAAACUCA